AAAAAGCAUUUCAAAUCUUCAACCGCCAUUUUCAGUUUUGGGUACAAAAUACAAAUUAUUAUUAAAUUAGCGAAGCUCGCUAUAGAAAGCAGAGUAUUAAAUACACUUGACAUUGGCGAAAUCUAAAAGGAAACGCCAUAAACCUAAGAGAUAGAUAGAUAGAUAUUAUUAAAUUUGUUUGAAAUUAUCUUCUUCAUGUAGUUGCGAAAUAUCUUCAUUUGAGCAUAACAUUAAUGAAAGUCGAACAAAAUGAAGAAUUCAAACAAGUUAAAAGACCUUCAAAUGACAAUAGCUCGGAUGCCUCUUCAACAAUGCUGUGUGACUGUACUGCCCGAGUUUGGUGUGAAAUGGAGGGAGGUAUUUCGCGCGGUCAGAUUGGCCAGACUGCCGAUGACAGCGGCCAGUGUAGCCAGAGUACUGACCAGACACAUUGCCAAGUCUCUAGAGGCUCAUGAGUUAAACGAUAUAUUGGCAAGACUAAAGUUGAAACUGGUAGCGUCACAAAAUCGAAUGUGGCAUGUUGUUAACAUGUCCGAGCAGCACACCGCUGGGCCGAUCACGGAAUUAAUAGAGACUCUACCUGAGGUCAUUGAGAAUAAUUUAAAGAAAGGAAAGCAUCGGUUCACUAGGCCGGAGGUGCAAACAAAUUUGAUAGGUGAUUUGUUGUAUAUUAGUGUACAACUGGUGUCAGACACUAAGGAAGGCAGCACGUUGUAUGUAGCGACACCGCCCGGGGAAAGUGUCGCUCUCUUCAGUACACUUUCAAUGUCUGCACAGAUAAAAGCCUGUGUCGAUGCUCUAGGUUACAGGAAGUAUGAAGACGCGAAACUCCACGGCAAAGACAUACCAUCGUUGCUGCGCAUCAAUGAUCGCGCGUGGAGCGGAAUGGCGCAGAACUUGGCCUCGGUGCCGGAUUACGCGCCAAAACCGAUCCUAACCUAUAACGGGAUCGAUUACACGAACAGAACUUAUGACGCGGAGUACAUUGAGAAUAUUUUGGGGCCCGAUCCUCCGUUACUGACGGAUCUGACCAUCAAAACAUCGAAACCCUUCUUCGAUGCGAGCAUGCUCAGUAAAAAUAUUAAUAUGAAGAUAACGUUGAAGAGUGAGAAUGUCGCGGAAACUUUAAAGAGUUGGGUGGUAAAGGGAGCGUUGGCCCCAACUUCGGAGUUCUUUCACAUAUUCCACAACAUAAAAUCGAAUAAUAUUAGUCGUAACAUUGACGAUACAGAUUAGUUUAGUGCGUGUUUUUUAACGUUCUCGAUAACGUAAUAGUUAACUUAAAUUUGUGUGGAGUUGGAACAGCGCCCCUAGCGGCAAACGUAGGCAAACGUUCCCGACUCCAUACAAAUUUGCUUUAACUUUUUCGCUAUCGAGAACGUUAAAAAACUCGCACUAAACACACUGUAAUACGCCUUAUAACACGGUAGUCUUAUAACGCAUUUUCGUAUUACGCGAUUUGUCUCUCGUAUAACGCGGGUAUGCCCCCAUAUAACGCGGAGAUUUCGCACGUUAUAUUUCUGUACUACUGUGAAAUAUAUAAAGAUUUGUAUAGUUCAUUGCACAUUGCGUCUAUUGUGUUGUUUAAUAUGAAAUUUUUAAUUAAUUUAUUAUAUUAAAAUUUGUGUUCCUAGUUUUUGAAUUCUAAACAAAUUAGUAAUAUUGUAUUAUAUUUGUACAUAACGCGUUAUAUGGGGUCGUGCGUUAUAAAAGCCUGUUAUGCGAGAAAGUCUUUAUGCCUAUAACGCGGAACAAAUCUACCGUGUUAUAGGGGGGAAUUACUGUAAUUGUAAAUAAAAGUUUGUUUAAUGAGA